AUGCAGGCCAAUAAUAACUUGGUCCACAAGUUGCAAGACGCUAAGCAAGAACAGAAGGCCGCAAUGGAUAUGUUUGCCAAACAGAUAUCUCAUAUUGCCACCUCGUUGAGUGAGAUGCGAGGAAACGAAGGGAGAAUUCAUGCCUCAGUAAAACCACCGGACAGAUCAAACAUUAGUCAAAUCACCUUGAGGUCAGGAAUGGAGUACAAAGGGCCAACAAUGACGCUUGAUGAGAAAGAGCCGACUGUGAUGAGUAAGGAGACUGAGGACAUGGUUCAACAGAAGGGAAACAUCGGAACAGGGGAAGCCAGAACAGAGGACGAUCAGGCCUUCUUGAACCCAGAAACUGAAGUGAGAAAUGAGGAAGCAAGGAAGGAAGCUGGAGAGUCCUCCAAGGGAGAUUCCAGCAACAUAGGCAAGCAAGUCAAACCCUUUCCCUACGGAGGGGAAGUAAGAAAAAAGAAAGAGGAUCCGGUGGACUUCAUGGAAAUCUUCGGCAAGCUGGAAAUUAACCUGCCAUUUCUACAGGCUCUGAAGCUGUCUCUUUUCAGUAAAUUCAUCAAGGAGUUCAUCGCAGGGAAGACUAAACCUAAUGGAAAAAUUGUGAUCGGGGAGAACAUUUCAGCAGUGAUACAAAAGAGGAGACUGCCAUCAAAGAGAACUGACCCAUGUAUGUUCACUUUACCUAUUUCAAUUGGUAAUGUGAGAGUUGAGCAUGCAAUGUGUGACCUGGGUGCGUUAAUCAAUGUGUUGCCUCUCUCGCUUUACAAGAAAUUGGUAGGAGUAAGGUUAGUUGAUACGAAGGUAGUGAUUCAAUUGGCUGAUAGAUCAUGCAUAAGCCCAGAAGGUGUGUUAGAAAAUGUGAUAGUUAAGGUGCAUGACUUCCUGUAUCCUGCUGAUUUCCAUGUGAUUAAGAUGAGUGAAAAUAAAUCUGUUGAGUCUAGCGGAGUGCUUUUAGGUAGACCAUUCCUACGCACAACUAAGACUAUAAUUGAUGUUUUUGAUGGAAUAAUUUGUUUGUACAUACUUCAGACCCAGUAG